CUUGUUUAGCCAACAAUGGCGUCUAAAGUCUCAUCACUACUCUCAUAUGCAUUCCUCUUUCUCUCCUUUGCCCUUUCCCUGUCAAAUUUUGUGAUAGGGGAGUCAGGUUUUGACUUUAUCAAACCAUUGCAAGGAUCCAAGAAAGGAGACAAAGUGGAAGGGUUAUACAAUCUCAAGAAGUAUCUCAAAAAAUUUGGUUAUAUCGAUGAUCUUCCCUUUAACAGUAGCUCUCCCGGAGCUGAUUAUUUUUCCGAUCAACUGGAGUCCGCCAUUAGAACCUAUCAGACCAACUUCAACCUCAACUCCACCGGAGUUUUGGACGCCGACACCGUAUCACAAAUGAUGAUGCCUCGAUGCGGAGUGCCGGAUAUCAUCAACGGCACAAACCUGAUGCGGCGGCACCGCCGUGAAGUGGCGCCGCAAUAUGCCCACUUUCCAGGCAAGCCCAAAUGGCCGGAUAAUAAGCAGGUUCUCACAUAUGGAUUUGGAAAUCCUACCCCGUUUAAAUUCUUCAUCCCUGUGGGGUUGGCAUUUGUGCAUUGGCAAAAAGCGGUUCGUUUUAAGUUUGAUAGAACUGACUACGCCAGUGCAGAUUUGAAGUUCCAUUUGUAUGCUCGCGAUCACGGCGACGGCUAUCCCUUCGACGGCCGUGGAGGAGAAUAUGCUCACUCAUUUCGACCCAAAAAAGGGAUCUGUCACUUUGAUUCAGAAGAAAAUUGGGCAGAAUUUGGUCCACCGCCAGAUGGUCUGGAUAUACAAAGCGUUGCGUUGCAUGAGAUCGGACACCUUCUUGGACUUGACCACAGUGAAGUUCGUGAAGCCGUUAUGUGGCCUUUUUUCAAAUAUGGUGAGACAAAAAGGGUUCUUCAAUCUGAUGAUAUUGAAGGAAUUAGAGCCCUUUAUCCUGUUUAAUUUGAAGCACUUAAAACAAUGUUAAUGUUAAGUUCGUGAGUC